AGCAGAUCUUAAGUCUGCCCCCUUAACCACUCGGGCAAACUAGCUAAUAUGUUUACUUUUUCACAAUAAACCAUUAAAAACAAAAAAAACCGAAUCAUAGAACUAUCCAGAAACCAUACACCUUAUUAAAUCCCCAAUUUCAUGUUCUUCAAUCUUCUACACAAACAGUGACAAAAAACCAAGAAGAACGACAACAAACCCUAGAUCAAUCUCAAUUCUCAACAAUGGCGAAAAACUUGGCCUCCAUUUUUGGUACUGAGAAAGAUAGAGUUAAUUGUCCUUUCUACUUUAAGAUCGGAGCAUGCAGACAUGGCGAUCGAUGUUCAAGGCUUCAUACUAAGCCUAGUAUUAGUCCUACGCUUUUGUUGUCUAAUAUGUAUCAACGUCCUGAUAUGAUUACUCCUGGUGUUGAUUCUCAGGGUAAUCCUAUUGAUCCUCGCAAAAUUCAGGAACAUUUUGAGGAUUUUUAUGAAGAUCUAUUUGAGGAAUUAAACAAAUAUGGAGAAAUUGAGUCUCUAAAUAUCUGUGACAAUCUGGCUGACCAUAUGGUGGGCAAUGUUUAUGUUCAGUACAGGGAAGAAGAAGAAGCUGCUAAUGCACAUCGUAAUUUAACUGGGAGAUUCUAUGCUGAUUUUCGCGAAGCAACUUGCAGGCAAUAUGAAGAAAAUAAUUGCAAUCGAGGUGGAUAUUGUAACUUUAUGCAUCUGAAGAGGAUCAGCAGGGAGUUGAGGCGCCAAUUGUUUGGGAGGUAUAGAAGAAGACAUAGCAGAAGCAGAAGCCGUAGUAGAAGUCCAUACAGACGCAGAAGCUAUGACUAUGAUGACCGACACCAUGGGCGUAGUCAUAGCAGCAAAAGACAUGAUGAUAGGGAUAGCUAUUAUGAAAGUAGAAGCAGGAGGCAUAGAAGCACUAGCCCUGAUCACAGGCGGGGAAGAAGCAGAAGUCCUGCUAGUAAGAGGGACAGAAGAAGCCCUAGCAGGGAAGGUAGUGAAGAGAGGCGAGCAAAAAUUGAGCAAUGGAAUAGGGAAAAGGAAGAGGCUGCUAAGAUGCAGACUGAUGCUGGCAACAGUAAUGAUGUCUAUUACAAUGAAGGUGCAUGUAAUGGUGAAGAAAACUAUGGAUUCCAGCAGCAAGUACAACAAACUCAUCAGGAGGGAUAUUGAUUAACUUGGACAUGGUGAUCUAUUUUUGGAAAUAUUGGAGGGUUGCGUUUGCAGGUUGUAGGUUGCAGGUUGCAGGUUGCUGGUUGCUGGUUCUUGGAAAGAGGUGUUUCGGGUUUAAAGGGUUUUGAAAGAAUUAUGUAAUUCUGUUUCUUUUUCAUUUGAUCUUAAGCUUUAGUUGGAUAUUAAACUUUGUAGCGUUUUGUAGUUGAGACCAACGGUUUAGCAGGAGGUUUAGGACUGCCAAUCUUACUAAUUUAAUUCUGUAGGAUACUAGUAUUGGAUGCUUGCUUGUACUGGACAGACAUAAUGUCAAUUGAGCCAAGCGUGUUAUUUAGUAAACAAUUUUCUUAUUGCUUCUUGUCAAUAGGAAUGCCAUCUUACUGGAGGAGUUACUGUUUGUUGAAAUUUUUCUAUGUUGAAAUUUUUCUAUGUCAUUUAAGUUUGUUUGGCCAUUAAAAGUAGUGAUUGUGAUAUUACUGGAAAUUAAAUCUAGGACUUGCUAAGUUUUCUUGACUUAAGAUUUUAUGUAUUAUGUUUCAAAAAAAAAAAAAAAAAAAAAAAA